AUGAGGUCGAGUUGCAAUCGCAAUUCAACUACAUGUUUGUCUUUAAUCAAAGGACUUACCCUUGAUUUGGGACAUAAAGGCGGUAGUGAUUCUCCAGCAACAGCCCAUCGGGUAGAAGUUCGCAUUCCUGAAAGCAAAGAGGAAUCAGGUGACAUUACUGAAAUAAUUCGACUAGAGAAAUAUGACAUUGAAGUACGAAUACCACCAAACAACGCUUACAGUGCAAAGGAUAUUACGGUUGAAGUAAUUAACGAAAUUCCACCUGAGUUGAAGAUCAAGGAAACAGAAGCAAUCAUUACCUACGGUUUGAAGAUGAAGGCGCCUCAUAAUGCAACCUUUGAACAUCCUGUUCAAGUGACAAUGCCUCACUCUGCCAUAUUCACAAAACCGAGUAAAGCGGAAAUCAUUGCAUACUAUCGGAAAAGUGCUUCUGGAGAGUUUGUUGCGAUACCUUCUACCGAAGGAAGUGUCCCAUGGUGUGUGGUAAGAGAGAGGGACCUCGAUAUCUACUUUAAACACUUCUGCGAAUAUUGGUUCGUGUCUCUGCGCAACAAGUUCAUCGGACUCCAGGAAAUAUUCAUUGGAAAACGUCUGGUCUGUACGCCGUAUGUUCCAAUGCCACCAUUUCUGAGCGGGAUGCAAGUUCUCUUAGUCCACAUAAGAGAUGCACACAAGAAAGAGGAAAAGGUUUGUUUCUUUGUUUAUAAUAACGAUAUGAUACAGUAA